AUGGCGGUGCCGUCGGUGUUCGCCGCCUUCGACAAGGAUGGCGACGGCAAGGUGUCCGCAUCCGAGCUGCGGCGCUGCACGGAGGCGACCCUGGGCGAGUACGUGUCUGAGGAGGAGGCGGUGGCGGCCCUCGCGGCGGUGGACACCGACGGUGACGGACUGCUAAACCAAGAAGAGUUCUCGAGGCUGGCCGCCGCCGGCGCCCAUGAAGCGGACGAUGCUGACGUGAAGCGAAGGUGCUUGAGGGAGGCUUUCGGGAUGUACGCGUCGUCGUCCGUGGAAGACACGACGACGACGAUGAUUACGCCGGCGAGCCUGAGGCGGACGCUGAGCAGGCUGGGGUCGCACGAGCUGGGCGUGGAGGAGUGCCGGGCAAUGAUAUGCAGAUUCGACCUCGACGGCGACGGCAAACUCUCGUUCGACGAGUUCAGGGUCAUGAUGAUGUUGUGGCUUUAG